AUGUCUUCAACUCAGGCUGAUUCAGAUAUUGUUGACUGCACCGACAGUGCUGAUUUCCGCGACAACGUUAUCGUUAUGGAAGUCGACAAUCUCCUCGUAGGAUGGCCGGCAUACGAAAUCAAAUUCACGCCUAAAAAACCAGGUCCCGUGAAACUCAUCAUUCGUCUGAAAGACGCUGUCAAAUUCAUGCAUGUUGAAGAGUCCACUGACAGUGAAGCUGAGUUGUUGUUUUCGAGCAAUGGACGGAAGAGGGCCCGCAAGAACAAGAAAAUCAAGACCGGCUCCGCUAUUGAAGCAAACACGAUCGUGAACGCUCUCGCAGCUCUCAAAAUCACGUCUACCAGUUCUGAUAGUACCUCGUUCCACGCGAAUCCUGUACGAUUGGUCGGAAUCAGGGAGCGUCCACCUGCUCCUGUGCGUGUUCCUCUCAAACCCAAGUUUAGCGAUGACAACAUACCAUGGCCGCCUAUUCGCCCUCGUCGCGCUCUCAGAGAUAUCAAGACGGACGAAGGAACUAACCUGUUUGAGAUGGUCAAAGCCAUUCCUGCCGCUGUUGCCCCUGACAACACAUACACUUAG